GCAUCCCACCCUGAUGAUCAGCUGAUGUUUGAAUCCUCUACUUGUAAUUUAAUCUGCUCAGUGACACAGAAUGCAACCUCACACACCGGUACAGAUACUGAUGCACCUGUCUGAGGUAACACCUCUGUCAGGUAUUCUGUGACACUCUGUCAGCACACACACACACUUCCAUUAGAAGUAAAUACACACACACUGUGUUUGUGUCAGUUCCCUGAGUCAUGAGCUGGGACCGACAGGUGAGCUCCCUCCUCUCUGUGGCUGAUGGCAGCGUGGCGAAGAUGAGGGAGAGACUGGGAUCAGGAGGGGAAGAUUUGUUUCCUUCAAAGGAGACGAUUAUUGAUUCUGAUCCGGUCCCCCCCACUCCUCCUUCUCGCUGCCAGCUCCAAAGAGAGCGCCCCCUAUCUGACAGCAUUCAGUGGUCAGACGUGGCUGCUCUGCAGUUCCAACUACGGAUACAGAGACAGGAGAUUCAGUCUCUGACGCAGAGAGUCAUCACCAUGGAAACGGAGAGAUACAUUCAACGCAGCCUUAUCCAGAAACUACAGGAAGAGGUGCAGAGGCUGGGGAACAGGAGGGGGGAGGAGUGGAGGACGGAGGUGGUAUGUGAGCUCAGCAGUCUGCGGGGACAACUCACAGGAGCCACAUUUCUAGGCAACCUGGAGGACAGUUUGAGCUCAAAGCUCCAACACCAGAGGAGCGACAUAGACCUGGUGAAAACACAGCUGAGGGUGCAGGAGGAGGAGCUUCUCCACCUGCAGAAGGAGACCAGAGAGAGCAGGAGGCAGGGACAACACACCUGCAGGACUGUGGAGCAGAUGACUGAAAGCUUCAAGUCUCACAGCUGUGAUAUGACAAAGAGUGUUUCUGACACACACCGAGAGGUCCAACAGAUCAGGUCAACUGUGUCACAGCUGAAGGAGGAAAUCAGGACUCUCAGAGAACCUCUGCUGUCAGCACACACACCAGGGGCGUCCCCGCUCCUCUCUCUCCCUCGCAGAGGACUCAGACCUGAGGUGGACUCAGACAUGGACUCGGACGAUUUAAGUCUGACGCCGAGUCUUGAUGAGGUGAGCUCAGAUGACCUGUCCUGGACUGACCACAGAGACCCUACAGAUCUUCAUCACAAACACCUGAGGGAUCAGUCUGGACCCUCACACCGGUCCACUGCAGAUCCACACCUGCAGGAUGAGAAGGAAGAUGAUGAUGAUGACGAUGAUGAUGAUGACAACGAUGAUGACGAUCUCCAUAACAACAUAGUGAACCUUGAUGUGGUAUCUGACCUGAGUCUGAACGAUCUUUGACCUAUAUUUCAGACUUUUUGUGUUAAUUGAUCACACCAGGGGCCCAUUUCUGAAAGAAGGUUCAACAAACCCUCAGUCUAAUCCUGAGCUCUGAGUUGAUUUACUCUCAGAUGGGAAACUCUGAGUUUUUGGUUCCAGAUCAGCAGAUUUCAAUUUGUUAAAUCAACUCUCUCUCGGGUUUGAGUGACCUCCCCUUCUGAAACGGAUAACCGUUUCCCUCAUUUCAGGGUUUCCCUCAUUUCAGGGUUAACGGACUCAGUUUGCACAAAACCUUCUUUCAGAAACGGGCCCCUGAUGGCUGCAGAACAGACCUGUUGUUGUUAUUGCUCAACUGUAUUUUACCAUCGCUGGUCACUCAGAGUGUCCAUACAGAUGAUGUAUGAUGUUCGCAUCAUAUGACUCAUGUAAUGUUUCAAAGUUGUUACCUUAAAAAUAUUACAUCCUGCAUUAAAGCAGCUCCUCUCGAGAUCUCUGAAGAUUUCACACAGAUAAAACAUCACAUCUGUGAAAGUGCUGUUUCUCUGAAAAGAGGCUAGAGAAAAUGACUGCAUAAAGUGUUAAAAAUGUGAGUAAAGGUUUGUUCAUCAAGUCAUCAAGACGGAGAGAGAUAGAGAGGGGGACAUUGAAUUAAAGAGGCGAAGAGACAAAAUUCUGUUUCCUUCAUGGUCCUCCCUCCUUCACUAGGAUAAAAAGCUAGACAGAUACAUAGAUACAUAGAUUUGUAUUUAAUAUGGACAUCACAAUUACAUUGUACAAACAAGAUGCAUUGUUUGCAUGUUUUAGCACACGCAUCCUCAACACUUGUCCACAGGCCUUAAAGAGGUAUUGAUCCAUCAAUCUGUGGGUGUGGCUGUGUUAUUCCUCAGGCUGUUGUAUGUAUGUAUGUAUAUGAUAUAUCUCAUAGCCACAUGGGGGUGCUGUUAAUCUAUCAAUGGUCCUGUGUGCAGAAGUAAAAUUUAAAGGUCUGCAAUGGUUCUUGUUCCUGGUGGUUAUUUUACGGCUCAUGCUCAAACUUGAAACUCAUCUUUUGAAGAAUAAAAAAAUAUGUUUGA